GUAAUGAGCAAUAAGAGUCGACGCGCGUUCCCGUCACUGUAGGAGAAGAGAGGGUUGGAGGCGCAAGAAAAACAAAUAUAGCCUAAAAUACCGGUAAUCCUUUAGCCAUUUUACAAUAAUCCAACCAAGAUGUCAGAGGAAAAGCCAAAGGAGGGUGUAAAGACCGAGAACGACCACAUCAACCUGAAGGUUGCAGGGCAGGACGGAUCAGUAGUCCAGUUUAAAAUUAAGAGGCACACACCCCUCAGCAAACUAAUGAAGGCGUACUGCGAACGACAGGGUCUCUCAAUAAGGCAGAUACGGUUCCGGUUUGACGGUCAGCCUAUCAACGAAACAGACACACCAUCACAGCUGGAGAUGGAAGAUGAAGACACCAUAGACGUUUUCCAGCAGCAGACGGGUGGGCUCUGCUAAGCCCCGCACACUGCAGUGAUGGUCACCUCCAAGCCCUGCCCCCAGCCACCUUUACGGUCCCUCUACAUGGUUGCUCUCUUCAGCUUUUCUCAAUUAUCAUUAUUUUAUUUUUUAUUGUUUCCUGUCCGAGGAUGUCUGAGUUGUUCUAUAUAUAUUUUUUUUCUUUGCCCUUUCAUUGUGUCAGAUUGGGAGCCUUGCUACACUGUAUUGUCACAGACAAGACUGAACUCUUACUCAAGUUAUUGACUUUCUCUCAGCUGGCCAAUCACCACAACACUUCCUUAACCCACAUUGCAGCUUUUGAUUGGUCAACGCAAGUGAUCGUGGGGGUCAAUGGCGUGUCGGCGCUUCAACCUUCCUCUGUAAAACGCUUCAAAUAGUUUUGAGUAGAGGGUCUUGGUUUACACAUGUCUUGCUGUCAAUUGGGAGUUCCAGACAUUUUGUUCUGCUGUUUUUUUCUUCCUGCCAGUCUAUGAUCUGUCAUCACUCAAUGGAAGCUCUGUUUAAAGCUAGAUACCAACGACGCUUCCUGUUUUCAUUCUGGUUUUGUUCUGCGGAGUCACCGAUGGCCCUUUGAGCGUGGCAGCGUAAUUUUAAUUCAUUGCAAGUAAAGGUGCUCAUUGCAUGAUUUGGUAAAACUUUACAAUUAGUGUACAUUAAUUAACCAAUAGAUAACUUUAGAAGAGCCCAUAAUCUGAAGUUGCAUAGGGUUAAGGAUUAAUGUUGAUGACUAUCAUCCUAUAAUCAUCCUAUUUUUGUUGAAACAAACACUUAAACAAUUAAAUGUGAGUUAAUAUUUGGCACAGCAUUAACUAAUGGGUAAUUUACCCUAAUUGUGAAGUUAUACCCUAAAUCAUGCAAAAAGAUAAUGUAUAGCAAUGUGUUGUCUCCCAUGGAGUUUUUUUUUUUGGUGUAUAUUGGUAUCACUUGAUUCCAAACCAGAAUAGUUCUACUGAGAAGCAGGCCUAUUCUGCUUUGGUAUGUGAGUGCAGCAAGAAUAAAUGAAGAAUCCGGGGUGCUCUCAUUGUUGUGAUGUGGGUCAAUGCACAAUUCCCAAAGUUUCCUGAGAAAAAACAAGCAUACCUCUGGUUUUACACAGAGGUGGGGUAAAUUGAAACCAUUUGGACCCCCUGUCCCCUUCGUAGCCGUUUUGGGUUGACAUUACCUUUUUGAUUAGAUUUUGAGGAUUUAUAGAUAUUUACACGCAGCAUCCUAUUCACCAGCACGACCAAACAAAGGUGCCGGCUUCAUACAGGGAAUUCCGUUUGGUAUUACCUACAUCUACCAAAAUGU